AUGGCUACAGCAACCGCAGCAGUCAACUCCACCGGCCCCCAAGUCCCCAGAGACCCAAUCGUCUCCGUCAAAUCAACAAGCGGCACUCACCCUCCCACCACCCGCACAACAUAUACCCUCAACACGGGCGCCAAAAUCCCCGCCCUCGGGGUCGGCACCUUCCAAGACCCCGACUCCCAAGAAGACACCGUCUGCCAAGUCUUACAGCGUGGUAUGCGGCUAAUCGACACAGCACGGGUCUACGGCGUGGAACAGCAAGUCGGCAGGGGAAUCAAGAAGAGCGGCGUCCCCCGCGAAGAGAUCUUCCUUGGCACGAAGCUCUGGUGUAACGAUUUCCACCCCGACGAUGUGGAGCGCGCGGUGGAUGAUUCUUUGCGGGACCUGGAUACGCCCUACGUCGAUUUAUUGUUGAUGCAUUAUCCGUGCACGUUCAAGCGGGGCGAAGAUCGGUUUCCCCGCGAUGCGGAGGGGAGGAUGAUACAUGGGGAGACUGCGUUUGUGGAUACGUGGAGGGCGUUGGAGAAGGUGGUUAAGACGGGUAAGGUGAGGGCCAUUGGGGUGUCGAAUUUCAGCAAGGGUGAGAUUGAGACGUUGCUUAGGGAGACUUCUACUGUCCCCGCCGUGCACCAAAUGGAAGUCCACCCCUACCUCCAGCAGAAGGGCUUCAACGAGUGGCUUCGCGAAAAGGGUAUUCACGUCGUCCAGUUCAGUCCCCUCGGGAACAUGAACGACUUCUACCGCCAGGCAGGAUGGUCGAAGGAAAUCGCGCACAUGAUGCGGGUGAUUGAUCAGCCCAUCCUCAAAGAGAUCGGACAGAAAUACGGCAAGAGUCCAGUGCAAGUUGUGCUUGCGUGGGGGAUUAAUAGCGGCCGCUCGGUUAUUCCGAAGACUGUGAUCGAUUGGCAGAUUGAGGAGAAUUUGGCUGCUGAUUUUGAGCUGGAUGCAGAGGAUAUGGCUCGAAUUGCUACAUUGGAUGCAAAGGCGCGGUUCAAUGACCCUAGUUUUGAUUAUGAGUGGCGGUUGUAUAGUGAUUUGGAGGGAAUUGAUGGCACCAUGAAGGGGAGAACACACUAG